AUGGCGACUGAGGUCAAUCAAACUUUUUUUGCCUGGUCACAAGGAGAAACAACUGACCUGGGUGUUUCUGAGGGAGUUUCUGUAUCCCAGACACUGAAUCAUGGUUCCAUAUCCUUCGGAAGAUUUGAACUUGAGUCACUAUCUUGGGAGAAGUGGUCUGUAUUUAGUAAUGACAAACGCCAUGAAGAGUUUGUUAAGUUCAAUGGUUUAGUAGCUCAGAAGAAGGCAUAUUUUGAAGAGUACUACAAGAAGAUCAGGGAACUCAAGGCUUCACAGCAGCAAAUUCAGCAAACUGAACUCACCUUGGAAUACAGUGGUGAUGGCAGUGAUUCAAGCCAAACAGAAGAUAUGCCGGCCGAAGAGUUCGAAACUCCCACAGGAUCUGGAACAAUUGCCUAUGAUUAUGUGGAAGGAGCUGCACAUGAGACCACAUCUGAACAGGGCAUGCAAUGCUACCAUGACCAUGAAGACGAGGACUUCCGUAACGAACUUUCGUCAUCCAAUCUUGUUUCAGAAGCCAGAAUUUCACAGCAAACCGACCAGGAUGGUAGAGAAAAUGCUCUUGGUGGUAAUUCAGAUUCCACCGUUGUUGAAAAUGCAGGUCUUGGUCAUGAUGGAGCAGCUUAUGAAAAUGCAAGGGCUCCUAGAAGAAAUACUGACAAAGACCCCAGACUUAGAUAUGCUUCAAUGAUAAUACCAAACUCGGUCAAAACCGUUGCAGGCAGCCCUCUGGACCGGACAUCUGUUACUAAGACGCCUGGUUCAGUGAAGCCUAGCAUGACUACAAACCAGAAGACCAAGACGAACAAUGUCUGUAGCUCAAGUGUGGCAUCACAGAAGAUGGCCGGCACGGCACGGACUCGCGGGAUUACAGAAAAAGAAGCUCUCGGGGUUACAGGUGUCAAAAGACCUUCCUCAGCUGCCGGGCGCUCUUCUAUCGGAGAGAAGCAUCCCAUCACUAGGGCAACCGUUAAGAAGCCUGCUGAUCUCUCCACCCCAGGACGCCCUUCCACUGCCGAAAGACGCCCUGUCACCAGAGAGCGUGCACAGAAGCAAGCCGCUGUCGCCACGCCAUGCCGGCCCUCUACCUCUGAAAGACGCUCCGUCGACAGAGGAAGUGCAGCAAAGCGUUCUGAUGUUGAGGGCACACGUCGGCCCUCUACAGGAGAAAGACGCUCUAUUACCAGGGAUAGUGUGAGAACUCCUAGCAAGACAGCAGGAUCAAGUGUGGCACAUCCAAAGGUUACGAAAACCACUGCGAGCACUCUGAAAAGGCCAGCCCCUCUGAAUGCUACUACUAAAAGUACCAAGCCAGAGCCAAAAAGCAGUAUCAGAGGAUCGAAAGAUGCUUCAACAAUGCACAGUCACUUAACUAGGCCAGCGAGAAUGGACUUGCAAGUGGCUGGCAAACAAAAAUCAAGCUCGGUAAACCUGCCAGCAAGGAAAAUGCUGAGUUCCAGUGUUGGAGAAGCAACUUUUGCAAGGCUGAAAAAGAUAGAGGGCAUUCCGGCGACAGUGCAAUCUCGAGCAUCCACAUCGAAGAAAACAACUCCUUUGCAGGCAGGAAACACCAAGUCCAGGGCACCAAACCCACCAACACCGCCGCCUCCACCACGCCGUCCGUCGAGAACAACGAGCAAACCAACUGUGAGCGGCUCAUCAGUUGGUGGAAGAAAGCCAAAGCCUCGACACCACAAUGGCAUUGAUGCAAAGGGAGCAUCCAAGCUAGUGGCCUGCGUAAACGGUGGAUCUGCGGGACACCGUACGGUUACACGCAUCUAA